UCAAGGCGACGGGGAACACAAUUCGACGUUACUCACUGACUCAGUACAGUGCGAGCGCACGGCUAAAAGGACGUUGCGUGGACUCGUUUCAGGAUGUCCCCGGCAGCGUCGUUUGCUGAACGAUGGGCCCGCGACAACCUCACCCGGGACCCCACACCAGACGAGCUAGAGGUCCUCGGCCUGUUCCCUAUCACGUGCGAUGGAGACGAGAUCGAGGCGAGUAAACGAGCUAGGAGGUACUACAAGGCCCGAGGUCCUGGUGGAUUGACGGAGCUGUGGCACAAACGCCAUCCUGAUGACGAAGAUAUACUGUCUAGCUGUCAAGAUGUAUACAUAGUACCAUUGCGAGCUAGAAGCAUGAGUGGAAGGCGAGUGACUUUAAUCCGUUUACCCGCACCCACAGCCCUGGACAGAACGUUAUCUCCCAAAGCAUUGCUAGCUCGGUGGCUCAUGAUACUUGAUAUAAGAUUGCGUGAAGACCCUACACCUGCUGAUGAAGUGGUUUUCAUAGACGUCGGCGAUCUUCAACCGGCGCACAUCAAAAACCACUUCCGAGGCAACUACUGGAAGGAUUUCGUUUGGUGUAUGAAGACAGCAUACCCACUCAGAAUCACAGAAGUACAUGUUAUCAACACGCAAAGGUUAAAAACCAUUUCCCUCCUUCUCCUACACAUUGGUCUGUAUCCGUGGAGGCGCAAAGUGGUCAGGAUCCACACGAACACUGAAGAUAUCAACCAGGCCAUGGGGUUGGACUACUUCCCUAUUGAAGGUCUACCUUACGAGUAUGGUGGAAGAGCUGGAGCUAUGAAGGAUCUUAAUGACGAAUGGACAAAAAAACUCCUUUCCAACGCGAAAUGGUUGCAGACGGAAGAGCGUAAAUUCUACGACACAGACCUCAGGCCGGAGGUCCGAACUCGGAAAAACAAGAACGCCAUGCGGACCUUACGAAGCAACAUCGGCUCCUACGACAUGAUCACUCGAGCCCACUCGUGUCGGUCCCUUCAUACUCGAGAUGACCUCGACGAAGGCCUCUAUGGAGCCUACAGGACUCUUAAAGUGAAACCUGAUAAAUUUUAUGUGUAAUGAUGUUUAAUGGUGCAACUCCUUAAAUUUAUUGCAUGAAUAUUUUCAAAUCAAAACGAAUUAGAGUAUCUCGCCCUCACACCUACCACGUCAACUCUUGUAAGCCAGAAUCAGCAUAAGCAAUUUAUGACACCGAGUGGUGAAGCCAGUCAGGGAACACACAUAUAAGAUAGAAUGAAAUGAGAAAUCAAAACUAAUAGGGAUGAAGUAUGCUUCACUAAAAAUUUACCAAAUAGUAAUGAAAAGUUGCGUGUCCUAGUGUAUCAUAUCCUGGGGCCAUGAGAUGUCUUUCUACAUUCAUCAAUGGUAAUAGGUAACAAAAAUGUGUACGGGAAUGGAAUUAUCGAUAAUAUUAUCGCUAGGAUAUUAUGACGUUUUCAUACAUAACGUUAGCGUUUACGAUUCUAGAAAUACAUCUCGACUACGGUCCCUGAAAUCAGUAGGAAUGCCUUCCUUUAAUAGUCUGGUAUAAUUAUGCUGAUGUUUAGUAUGUAGUUUUCGUUGCAUUGAAUUUUAACUUAACUGACUAACAAAAUGCAGUCAUUACUGUACUAUGACAAAAAAAAUGCUGACUUAUCGCAUUACGCAUAGAUUCGUUUUUGCUAUGACAUUAGGACAGAGUUACGCCAAAAUGUACGAACAACUUGUAAAAAACAUUAAUUGUACAUUAUUAUUUUUUAACGGUGAAGAAAAACAUCGUGAGGAAUCCUACAUACCUAAGAUGCACUGUAUAGGAAUUUUGAGGCUAAUCCCUCUCCAUGAUAGAGUACAUUUUGACAUAACUAUGUCCAUCUGUCUAGCCAUAUUGAUGCACAAUUUAAGGGGUUUACACGACUAUUAUAUAUUUUGGUACCUAAAGAAUUCAAUUCACGCUGAUGUUUCCUGCACGAUAGUAGUAAGUUGUAAUUAUUCAAUAAGUACUCAGUUUUUUAGACUUUAUUAUUUAUUACAAGUCAUAUAUAAAUAUAUAAGUCUACACAUAUGAUGACCACGAGAAACACUAAAUCAACGAACUAUAGAAAACCAUAGCGCCUUACUAUUAUGAAUAGUGUGAAAUACGCGCAUGAUUACGAAAUUGCGGUAAUUUAGCAAAAGGCGAUCAAAAUUAAACAUCAGUUUCACUUCAAAUGAAAGAAGAACGGGCCAGAAACUCUGGUGUUACUCUUUUCAAAAUCAGUUUAAGGGAAAUAGUCGUACAUAUCAAUAUUAUCACAUUUUCUGACUAUUCGAAAGUCAACCAAAUUUACAGUAGCUUUAAGUUCGCUUUUGCACAAUACACUAAAAAUUACGUCUAUUUAUUUUCAUACAUAAGAUUUUAUGAAAACAAUGUUCAAAUCGACACUUGUGUUCAAUACAACUAUUUUAUACUUAUUAUUUUCUUUUCUAUGAAUCUCAAAUAAGUAUUUAUAUAUUUUCCACCUGUGUAAAAUACUCUUUCGACUAGAAAAAUGUAUAAUAAGAAAUAUAUUUUGUUAAUAUUUUAAUUGUAAUAUACGGCUUUAUAAAA